AUUUUAAUUUCUUUAUGUUCUUUAAUGUUGUUAAAAUAUGUGCUUUAAUUUCUUUAUGCUGAAACAUUGAAUUGCUUAUUGGAUAGAAUUAAUGUCGAAGUCGAGUGAAAGUAAAAAAGAUCCGGCAUGGCAAUAUGCACGGAUGGUAAAUCCCCAAAACCUUUCAAAGUUUAUUUGUAACUUUUGCGACAAAGAAAUGAAUGGCGGUGUUUACCGAGUCAAGCAACAUCUUGCCAGUGGUUACAAAAAUAUUGUUGCUUGUAAAAAAUGCCCAUCUCAUGUCAAAGAUGAGAUUAAAGACUAUAUGUCUCAAAAAAGUCAAUCAAAAGUGCAAUUGAGGAUGGUUCCUGAUUUUGAUGAGAUGGAUAAUGAUGACGAUGACGAUGAUGAAAUUCUUGAGAUAAAUCAACAUGGUAAAAGGCCUGUUUCUACUCAAGGUUCUACCCGUCGAGAACAAGGAAGUAACUCCUCCAAAUAUGUUGGUUCCAAACAACCAAAGCAAAAGGGACCCAUGGAUGUGUACUUCACCCCUGAUCCGGAAGUUACGGUGCAAAAUCGUAAAGCCAAGGAAAAGCAAACAAGAAUUGAUGAUAAUGAUCCCUAGCAAGAAGGUGUUGAGAGAUCGGGCUCUUGUUUGGUUUUCGAGGUGGAUGUAUGAUACGGGUAUACCUUUCAAUGUUGUGAACUACAAUAGUUUUGGGCCAAUGAUUUAAGCUUUUGGGCAAUAUGGUCCUGGCAUGAAACCACCAAGCUACCAUGAGGUGCGGGUUCCUUAUUUGCAGAAAGAGGUAGACCACACUAAUAAGACCAUGGAGGAUCAUAAAAAAGAUUGGGUAACAUAUGGAUGCUCUUCAAUGGCCGAUGGGUGGAAGGACAAAAGAAACGGGACAUUAAUUAAUUUUUUGGUUAAUUGCCCAAGAGGAUCAAUGUUUAUUGAAUCCGUUGAUGCUUCUAGCUUAUCCAAGGAUGCAAAUAAGAUGUUUGAAUUGCUUGACAACUUUGUGGAGCGUAUUGGUGAAGCCAACGUGGUUCAAGUUGUUACAGAUAGUGCCUCAGCAAAUGUGUUGGCCGGGAAGUUUUUGGAAGCAAAGCGGCCACAUUUGUAUUGGACACGCUCAUUGCUUGGACUUGAUGUUGGAGGACAUUUUCAAAAUUCCCAACUUCAACAAGACAUUUGAAAAGGCAAUUGCGGUGCAUGGUUAUAUUGUGAACUGCUCUGGUUUGUUGAAUAUGAUGAGGCAAUUUACCCAGUGCAAGGAUUUGAUCAAGCCAGCAAAAA